AUGAACUCUACGUCCGACUCAUGCAGCGAGCUUUCGCGUGAGGGGGAGACUCCCUUGGCGGAUGAUGAGGACCGCGACGGGGCCACCCUGGGGUCUGUUGAGCAGCUUGACCAUACUGCCGAGGGUUUUGCGGAGACAGCGAGUGAGCAUCCCUCCCCGCCAGUUGCUGAUUCUUCUCCGUCGGGCUUGGCGGAUUUGCCGCACCCCCCGCUGUCUUCCCUCGCGUCCCCCCAGCUAUCAUCGUUUUUCUGCUAA